AUGUCCGAUGGCAUUGAUGCGAAAGGCUCCAUGGGCGUGCCUGCCCUGCCAGCCACCGUGCACCUCCUCCAGAGGGUUGCACUGCAGGAAUCCUGCAGUCUAGCGGCAUCACGCCGGCCAUACAUAUUCAGGGCAAGGCACCCGCUCGUCUUGAUCCUGUGCCUGAUUGCUUCUUCCCUUUGGACGUUUCUCCACGUGCUGGCUCCUACGGGCCUUGUGUCGAAGGCGAGUGACAAUGAUAGUCCCAGCUGGCAUCAGUAUGUCCGCGCGCCGCCCAGCCGAUUCGUGACCCCAAAGGCCAUCCUGCCGCAAUACUCGAAAGGGAACGUGACUAAUCCGGAGGGCAUAAUCAAUAACCGGAGUCCGGCCCACUUGACCCGCCAGAAUAGCCCGGAUGAGAUUCCGACCAUCGUUGUCGACUUCGGCCAGAAUGUGGUCGGGCUUUUGACAAUCACAUUUGCAGACUCGACGAGUUAUGCCCAGGGGUACCCAGGGCUUCGGCUGAGCUUCUCGGAGACUCUGGAGUUCCUGACGAACAGGAGCGACUUCACGAGGUCGGACAAUGCCCCGACGCCGGAACUCAAGAUUGUGCCUGAUGGAACUGACCAGAUUGCCGUUCGACCUCAAGCUUACACAUGGCUGGAUCAGUGGGGGUGUGAGUACGAUAAUCAAGUCUGUUCAGACGGCUUGCACGGAUUUCGAUAUGUCAAGAUUCAGUUGGAUGCGCUUCCGAGCGACGCGCCGUAUACCUCAAGCGUCGGAUCUGUCGCAAUAGCCUCCGUUGGUCUUCAAUGGUCAGGAUAUCUAGGGACUCCCGAUACCUUCACCGGUUGGUUCGAGUGCUCAGAUCCAAACAUCACCCAAUGGUGGUAUGACGGGGCAUAUACCACGGAGACGAACAUUGACAUCUUCCGAGCCAACGACACGGAGCCUCGAUAUGCCACAAGUCCAUCGCUUCUAGAUAAGGUGGUUCUGCAUGACGGUGCAAAACGGGAUCGUGAUCCAUACAUGGGAGAUCUAGCUGUGGCAGGACUCACCAGCUACCUGACUCACGAUAUCUUCGAGGCUACGCGAAACGUUAUGGAAGACCUCGCACAGCAUCAGCGAAGUGACGGUUGGCUUCCUCCCGCGAGCAUCUUGGCCUUGUUUGAUUAUCCAUUGUGGUGGAUAUCCUGCAGCUGGGAGUACGUCUACUAUUCGGGGAAUCUAUCCUACAUAGAGUCGUACUACGCAAACAUGAAACUAUUGCUCGAAAGCUAUUACCCAUCACAUACGUCCACCAACACAUCGCUUCUGGUACGGCCUGAUGGAUAUGGGGAUUUCGCCUUCAUUCAAAGACCUGGAUCAGCAGCGUACUACAGCGCGUUAUACGUUUUGGCUCUCGACCGUGCUGCUGACCUUGCGGAGCUCCUCUCUCAGACCACAGACUCUGUGAGCUGGCGCCAGCGCGCCUCCGCAGUUUCCAAGUCCUUCGUCACAGAGCUCUGGGAUCCCACAGUCGACGCAUUCUUCGAUCGCAAGUGCGCUGGCAGCGGCUGCAAUGCGCAUGCCCAGGACGGAAACAGCCUGGCAGUGCUCGCCGGUAUCGUGGCGCCUAACUCGACAGCAGCUGCAUCGUUAUUGGCCUACUUGGGCGCUGCCAAUGCUCGUCCGUACGGCAACUCCUUCUACGACACGGGGGGUGAAGCGCUAGCUGGCGGUGAAGGCUACUCGCAACGGGUGUACGCGUUCAUGUCAUACUUUGAGCUUGCAGCGCGUUUCGAGGCGGGCCAGCCGUCCUCAGCUCUUGAGCAGAUUCGUCGGAUGUACGGCUGGAUGGCUGCACACGAACCAGGAGCUACAUUCUGGGAAGGCAUUGGUGCCGGGGGUGCGCCAUACGAGGAUGGAUUCACGAGCAUGGCCCAUGGCUGGAGCACGGGUAUCGUGCCGCUCAUGAGCAACUAUGUUCUGGGCGUCAAGCCGCUCAAACCCGGGUUCGCCGAAUGGACCGUUCAGCCCAGUCCAGGCGACUUGACCUGGGCACGAGGCGUCGUACCUACCCCGAAUGGUGCGAUUAGUGUAUCAUGGGUCAUUGAUGAGAGCACGGGUGGUAUUACCAUCUGUGUCGACGCGCCACCACAGACACAGGGCAUAGUGGGAGUCCUACAUACAGCAUUCGAGGCGAGCGAGGUGGUGGUUAACGGGCAGGUUAUUUGGGAUGGCAAGAGUACUGAUUCCCAGAGAGCUACUUUGAUGGAUGGCAUGAUACAAGUUAGAGUAGAGGGCGCAAGCGGGGGUACCGGAUGCUAG